AAUUAAUUAUGUACAAACCAAAGAUGAAAGAGAAUGCUAAUGAUUUUUAUUGUUUAAUGAAACAUCAACAACCUGUUUCAUUGGUUAUUCUAGAUUCUAAACUAAAAAUAAAUGAAAGACUUUUAUGUUGUUAAUGCAUGGAAGAUUUCCAAUUUGUUCACCCUAAAAUUGAAUUAAGGGAAGCCAUUAAUAUAAUAGAAGAAAGACGGAAGAAAUUAUUAGAAUCUUUAGAAAAUCUCAACAACAAUAACAUCUAAAAAGUGGAAUCAUUAUAAAAUCAAAUGAUUUCUUUGAAGUCUAGUCUUCUAUAAAAAAUAGACCAAAUGCUUGAUAUAAUUAAGGAUUGGAUAUAAAAUUAAAAAGAAUUAAUGUAAAUAUACACAGAAUAUAAUUUCUUUGAAGAGAUAGAUUUAAUAAACGAGAAUUAAUAAUUUUAAGAUUAUCAUAUUAAAUUAGGGAACUCCAUUACUUAAUUGAAUAAUAUUUGGAAAGAUAAAGUUACUAAAAAUAUGUAAUUCUUCACAACAUUUUCAGAAUACUAAAAUUGUAAUGAAAUUUUGUGUAAUCUAAGUGGAUAGAGUACUUUAUAAUUAUAAUUUAUUGAUGAUUCUAUUUAAUAAAAAGAAGCAUGUAAAGCUAUAGUAUUUGAUCCAACAGGAAAGACAAUGGUAUCAACAAGUGGAAGGGAGAUAAAAAUCUGGGAUUUUGAGAAUGGAAAAAUCAAAUUAAGUCAAUCACUUUAAGAACAUCAAGAGCUAGUUAAUUGUUUAGUUUUUAGUUAAAAACUAGGUUAUUUUAUUUCCGGAUCUUCUGAUAAAUCAAUUAGAUUGUGGAAAUAAUCGAAUAAUAAAUGGUAAAGUUUAAAAAAAUAUAAUGAGCAUAAAGGAAUGAUUUAAUGUUUAAUUUUAACAUAAAAAGAAGACUAGUUGAUUUCAUGUUGUAAAGAAAAAUUAAUUAAAAUUUGGUAAUUAGAUUUUAAUAAUGAUCAAUUAAAACCUCAAUAUUCUUUAGAGAAACAUAAUGGUAUUGUAUACUCUUUAAGUCUAAACGAAUCUGAGUCAGUUUUGGUUUCAUGUGGAUCUGAUUCAAUUAUAAUUUGGGCUAAAGGAAAAAAUAAUAAGUGGAAGUUUAGUUAAGUUGUUAAGCAAGCAGAAUAAGAAAUUGGAUGUCAUGUUAAAUUUUUAAAGGAAGAUUAAUUCAUUUGGUUACCUGAGAGAAGAAAUCAUUUAUGUGUGUUCGAAUAAUACGAAUUUGGUGAAUUUCAAGAAAAUUUAAAGAAGAGAGUAUGCUUUAAGAAAACUACAGGUUAUUUGAAUGAAUUUAACUUCCCAAUCAUUUAUAAUCAAGUUAUAAAUCUUAUAUUUUUGAGACAUCAAAUGCAUAUUUGCAUACUGAAAGUUCAAAAUGAUGGAUAUCUAUCUUUAGUUUAAGAACUUGAUUGUAAACAUUGGUGUAUAUACGGAACAAUAACAAACAAUGGAUAAUAUUUAACAUUUUGGGGAGGAGGAAAAAAUAAUUAUGAAACUUAUAAAAUAUAAAAUUUAUGA